AACCUGUUCCCUCAAAGCCUUUUUUUAAAAAUGUGCAAUGCAUUUUUACUUUCAAUAUGGAGAAGGGUCACCCGCCAGAAAGGGGCUCUCCGUGCGAAGCAGCCGAGGAGCUUCAGCCACUUUGCUCUUUAAGGGUUAACAAAGGACAACAGAGCCGAAGGGAAGAGCGCAAACGAGGGACUUCCCUUUCCUGCCCCGCCUCUCUGCGAGAAAUGCAGGCUGGAAGCGCCGGAGGAGCCCCUGUUUGUGUGCAGCGAUGUUGGCGAGCGGAGUUGCGCGGGGGGAGCCUCGGGACAAAGGAUACAUCUGGGGGGUCAAGGCUGAAGGAGAACUAUCUGAAGUAUCACUGGAAAAAGCUGAGCAGAAACUGAGGAGUCAAGAUGGAGCAAAGAGACAAGAGGAGAGACAGACUCACACAGGGGACAAACCUCAUACAUGCUUCGAGUGUGGAAAGAGCUUCAGGUGGAGUAGCGCCCUUACUUUGCAUCAAAGAACUCACACAGGAGACAAACCUUAUACAUGCUUGGAGUGUGGAAAGAGCUUCAGUCGGAAUAGCACCCUUACUUUGCAUCAAAGAACUCACACAGGAGUCAAACCUUAUAAAUGCUAUGAGUGUGGAAAGAGCUUCAGUCGGAGUGGCCACCUUACUUCGCAUCACAAAACUCACACAGGGGACAAACCUCAUAAAUGCUUGGAGUGUGGAAAGAGCUUCAGUCAGAGUAGCACCCUUACUUCGCAUCACAAAACUCACACAGGGGACAAACCUCAUAAAUGCUUGGAGUGUGGAAAGAGCUUCAGUCAGAGUGGCCACCUUACUUCGCAUCAAAGAAUUCACACAGGGGACAAACCUUAUAAAUGCUUGCAGUGUGGAAAGAGCUUCAGUCGGAGUGGCCACCUUACUUCGCAUCACAAAACUCACACAGGGGACAAACCUUAUAAAUGCUUGGAGUGUGGAAAGAGCUUCAGUCAGAGUAGCACCCUUACUUUGCAUCACAAAACUCACACAGGGGACAAACCUUAUCAAUGCUUGGAGUGUGGAAAGAGCUUCAGGUGUAGUACCAACCUUAAUGUGCAUCAAAGAACUCACACAGGGGACAAACCUUACCAGUGCUUGGAGUGUGGAAAGAGCUUCAGUCACAGUAGCACCCUUAGUAAACAUGAAAGAACUCACACAGGGGACAAACCUUAUCAAUGCUUGGAGUGUGGAAAGAGCUUCAAGUGGAGUAGCCACAUUACUGUACAUCAAAGAUGUCACACAGGAGACAAACCCUAUAAAUGCUUGGAGUGUGGAAAGAGCUUCAGUCAGAGUGGCCACCUUACUUCACAUCAUAGAACUCAUACAGGGGACAAAUCUUAUACAUGUUUCGAGUGUGGAAAGAGCUUCAGUCAGAGUAGCACCCUUAUUUUGCAUCACAAAACUCAUACAGGAUACAAACCUUAUAGAUGUUGUGAGUGUGGAAAGGCCUUCAGUUGGAGUAGCACCCUUAGUAAACAUCAAAGAACUCACACAGGAGAAAAACCUUAUAAAUGUUUGGAGUGUGGGAAGAGCUUCAGUCAGAGUAGCACCCUUAGUAAUCAUCAAAGAACUCACACAGGAGACAAACCUUAUAAAUGCUUGGAGUGUGGAAAGAGCUUCAGUCAGAGUGGCACCCUUACUUCGCAUCAAAGAUGUCACACAGGGGACAAACCUUAUAAAUGCUUGGAGUGUGGUAAGAGCUUCAGUGAGAGAUGCUCCCUUACAGUGCAUGAAAGAAUUCACACAGGGGACAAACCUUAUAAAUGCUUCGAGUGUGGAAAAAGCUUCAGUCAGAGUAGCACACUUACGGUGCAUCAAAGAACUCACACAGGGGACAAACCUUAUAAAUGCUUGGAGUGUGGAAAGAGCUUCAGUCAGAGUAGCCACCUUACUUCGCAUCAGAGAUGUCACACAGGAGACAAACCUUAUCAAUGCUUGGAGUGUGGAAAGAGGUUCAGUGAGAGUAGCUACCUUACUUCGCAUCAAAGAUGUCACACAGGGGAAAACCUUAUACAUGCUUGGAGUGUGGAAAAAGCGAAAAUGAGAUGCCUCUGGCACAAGCACUAAGUUCCCUUUAUGACCCAUUUUAUGACUCCUAUAUCUUCACACCAGCCAUGCAAGGUAGGUUAGGCUGAGAAUUGGUGACUGGCCCAAGUUGGGAAGUGAGAAAAAACAAUAAGUGACUUUAAAAUACAAAACGGCACAUGCUCAGAGUAUUUUCUUUUUGUUUAAUAAGUUUGCUAAAAUAUUUUGUUUGUGUUUUGCUGAGAGUUGUGAAACUGCACAUGCUCAGAGUAUUUUUUGUAUUCUGUAAAAGUUUCUGUAAGAAUAAAUAUGUUAGUCUUUAA